AUUUAACUGUGCUUUAACGAUCUUGCUUCACACUAAAUAAUGCUGUGAUUGUAUAACAGGUUCACAUGCUUUAAAGUAGUAAACAAAAAACAUCUGAAACAGAGACUUUAAUGGAUAUUACGUUAACGAAUAAACCAUUUAAAAGAGUCGGGUCGUGCUGAAGUUGCUUGCCAAUGCCAGAAGAAGGUAACGAGGACCAGACCCUUCCACCCUUGUCCAGCACUGUCAGUGUCCAAGAAGACAAUGGCUUUUCCAUCCCAGGAAGCAGCAGGGAAGAGCCAGCGGCUACACAUCCGGAAGGUGUCGGACCACAGAACUCCAGAAAAUCAAAGGCCCUGCUCCAUAUCAACCGUCAGGAGAUCCUGUCAGUGGCUCAAAGCUCUCAAGCUGCUGAGCUUCAGGGUUUGGGAGUGGACGUCUAUGACCAAGAUGUUCUGGAGCAAGGUGUGUUACAGCAGGUGGACAGGGCCAUACAGGAGGCCAACCAGGAAGCGGCCAAAGCAGAUGCUCAGAAAGAAUACGAGUCUGUGCUGGAUGAUGUCAGGUCAUGUACAAGUGCUUUGAAACACAUCAACAAAGUUUUGGAGCAGUUAUCUCCUUAUGCAGCUUCUAGCAAGGACAUCAGUCGCAAAUUAGAGUCUGUUAAACGGCAAAAAGAAAAUAAGGAGAAGCAGUUAAAAAAGAUCAGAGCCAAGCAGAAGAGACUGCAGGCCUUUCUUGAUGGAGAGGAUAUUCAGAAGCUUGAGGAAAAAUUAUUGAUUGAGGAUGACGAAGAACCAGGUCCUUCUACGCUGGGCAGCAUGCUCAUGCCAUCUCAAGAGACCGAAUGGGAAGAGCUCAUCCGCACGGGUCACAUGACCCCCUUCGGUUCACGGAUCCCUCAGAAGCCGGAGAAGAAAGAACCUCGGAAAGUUAUGCUCAGCGAGGAUUCCGGUUUUGAUAAGUACCUCACAGAUCAGGCCAUUUUAGCAGAGAGCAGGAAGAAACCCCCCUUAAAGAAAAAGACCACCAAGAAGCUAAUAACAGAUAUCAAGGAUGGCAAAGAGCAGAAAAACGGCUCCUUAUCCAGCAAAGAUAAGAAACUCCAGAAGCGUAUGCGAAAACUCCAGAGGACCGCUCUGAGGGCUCACCCCAAGGCCAGGCCUAAGGUGGAGAAAGAUCUAAACCAUGGCAGGAGGAAAGGUUUUGGGGAACGGGCAUCAGACAGCGAGGGCUCAGAAUAUGUUCCUAGUGAUGAACUGAUGGAUCCUGAGGAACCAGAGAGAGAUGAUGAGUUCUGGGUAGAUGAGGAUGAAGAAUAUGAACUUAAACCUUACAAGAAGAAGAAGAAGGAGGCUAAAACAAGAAAGUCCAAGGAGGAAGAGGAUGAUGAAUAUAUUCCCAGCAGCUCAGAGGAUGAGGAUUCUCAGAAAAGUGGAAAAGUAAAGAAAUGUAAAGAUGAUGGUGAUAUCGAGUGUUACAGGCAAAGGAUUAGGAAGUGGAAAAGGCAAAGACUUCGGGAUAAAGAGGCAAAAAGAGAAGCUGGCGAGGAGGAGUCAGAGGAGAGCGAGGUCGAGUUUGAUGAAGGAUUUAAAAUGCCUGGCUUCCUCUGGAAGAAACUCUUCAAGUAUCAGCAGACAGGUGUCAGGUGGAUGUGGGAACUGCACUGCCAGCAAGCAGGAGGCAUUCUGGGAGACGAGAUGGGCCUGGGCAAGACGAUCCAGAUAAUUGCCUUCCUGGCAGGACUAAGCUAUAGCAAACUAAAAACACGUGGAUCCAAUUACAGGUAUGCUGGAUUGGGUCCCACAGUAAUUGUGUGUCCCGCCACUGUUAUGCAUCAGUGGGUGAAGGAGUUUCACACGUGGUGGCCUCCGUUCCGUGUAGCUGUUCUCCAUGACACCGGUUCCUUUACCAGCAAAAAGGAGAAGCUCAUCCCAGAGAUAGUGACCGGUCACGGCAUCCUCAUCACUUCCUACUCGUACAUACGCAUUAUGCAAGAUUAUAUUCAGAAGUAUGACUGGCAUUACGUCAUCCUGGACGAAGGACACAAGAUUAGGAACCCCAAUGCUGGGGUCACUGUGGCGUGCAAGCAGUUCCGUACACCCCACCGAUUCAUCCUUUCGGGCUCACCCAUGCAGAACAACCUGAAAGAGCUGUGGUCGCUCUUUGACUUUGUUUUCCCAGGAAAACUGGGGACUCUGCCUGUCUUCAUGGAGCAGUUCUCUGUGCCCAUUACUAUGGGCGGAUACUCUAAUGCAUCUCCAGUGCAGGUCCAGACAGCCUAUAAAUGCGCUUGUGUUCUUCGUGACACAAUUAACCCUUACCUGCUGAGGAGAAUGAAGGCUGAUGUGAAAGCAAACCUCUCCCUACCUGACAAAAGUGAACAGGUCCUGUUCUGCAGGCUGACAGAAGAUCAGCGACAGGUUUACCAGACCUUCCUGGACUCCAAGGAGGUUUAUCAGAUUUUGAAUGGAGAUAUGCAGGUCUUCUCGGGCCUCAUAGCUCUGAGGAAGAUGUGCAACCACCCAGACCUGUUCACCGGCGGGCCGCGCUUGCUCCGGGGCAUCCCCGACGAUCAGCUUACCGAAGAAGAGCACUUCGGUUACUGGAAGCGAUCGGGAAAGAUGAUUGUGGUGGAGUCUCUUCUGCGCCUGUGGUUCAAACAGGGACACAGAGUUCUGCUUUUCACCCAAUCCAGACAGAUGCUGGAGAUCUUGGAGGUGUUUCUGAAAGAGAAUGGCUACUCCUAUCUCAAAAUGGAUGGUACCACCACCAUUGGAUCUAGGCAGCCUCUCAUCGCUCAGUACAACCAGAACAAGGACAUCUUUGUCUUUCUUUUGACGACAAGAGUUGGAGGUUUGGGAGUCAACCUGACCGGUGCGAAUAGGGUUGUAAUCUACGACCCAGACUGGAACCCUAGCACAGACACUCAGGCACGCGAACGCGCCUGGAGGAUCGGUCAAAAACAGCAGGUGACCGUAUACAGGCUGUUGACAGCUGGAACCAUUGAAGAAAAGAUUUACCACAGACAAAUCUUCAAACAGUUUCUCACCAACCGAGUGCUGAAAGAUCCUAAACAGAGACGGUUUUUCAAAUCUAACGACAUUUAUGAACUUUUCACACUGAGUAAUCCUGACGGCACACAGGGAACAGAAACCAGUGCAAUAUUUGCAGGUACAGGCUCAGAUGUGCAGAUUCCAAAAAGACACAAGUCUUCCCAUCCUUCUCAGGGGACAUCGGGACCAUCUCAAUCUCAUUCAUCUGCAUUUAGCGUCGAAGACCAAAAUACCGCAUCUCUGUCAAACAACAAACAUGCUACCUCUGUCAAUGAUCAUUUGAACAAUAAACUUGAAUCUCAUUCCAAUGGUUAUCUUCCAACAAAUGAUGUUUGUUUGGCAGACAGCCCUCAGAAGCACAGGGAGAAGAAAAAGCAUUGUGAAACAAAAGAAAAAAAGUUCUCUGAUCAACACAAGCAUAAAAAGCGCAAGCACUCAGCGGAUGCCAGAUUUGAAGGAUGUCGUAUUUCUCACCUGGUGAAGAAAAGGAGAUACAAGAAAGAGGACGAUGAAGAAAAAGAGGACAAUAAGGAGAAAAAAAGCGACGAUUACGUUUUAGCCAAACUCUUUAAGAAAUCAGGAAUCCACAGUGUCAUGAAGCAUGACUCCAUCAUGGAGUCAUCAAACCCAGAUUUUGUACUUGUGGAAGCCGAGGCUAACAGGGUUGCCAAGGAUGCACUGAGAGCUCUUAAGUCCUCGAGGCAGAAUCUCAGGGCGCCUUUCUCAAGAGGGUCAACACCAGCCACCCCACCUCCACUUAAGAGAAGGUUUGGGCAGAAGAAAAACCCGCUACUUUCUCAAGCACCUAGGACGACGGCAGAAACAUCAGAGAAAUGCAAGGAUGCAAAUAUUGUAAAGAAGUCAGGAAUAAAGAAGCCAGGAUCUGGUGUUCACUUCAGCGGUGAAGGGGCACAGGAACCUGGUUCUCUAUCAUCGUCCUCUCUCCUCGCUAUGAUGAGGGCCAGGAAUCACAUCAGUCAACCCCAGAGACAAGAGGAUGAGGAACAAGAAGAGGAAGAGAGAAGCACUCGGCCCGUUCCUGUACCUGCUGCUCCUACAGAACAUGAUGAGCUUCUGGUCGACCUGAGGAACUUUGUGGCCUUCCAAGCUCAGGUGGAUGGUCAAGCAAGCACCAAGGAGAUUCUGGAGUACUUCACCCCAAGACUCAACUCCUCGCAAACAGCAGUUUUUAGAGAACUUCUAAGAAAUAUCUGUGAGUUUCAUAGACUUCCUGGACAGGAAGGGAUGUGGAAGCUUAAAGCUGACUACAGGUAAACUGAGCAGAGCAUAUUAAAACAUAUUAGCUGAGGUACAGAAUAGAAAAUGUAUACGUCACACUAGGGAACUGCGGGUGAUUCGAUGCAUCAGUUAUUUUUAGAUUACUAGAUGUGUUGAAUAUGUUGUCAGUAACUUCUUGGAACUUUUCAGAAUGGCAAAUAAAUUGUAAAACACUCCUCGUGUAUGUAGUCAAAAGUGUUUUGUUGUUAUAUAUUUGUUUGUAUUUUGUUAGUGUUGGUUUUUUUGAUUAUUUGUUUAUUCCUGGAAAUGACUUGAAAUGAAAUGUCUUCUGUAUUUGAAAAAUGGUUUUAUUCAGGGAAUGUUUGCCAAACUAUUGUACUGUUUGUUCUUAUUGCUUAAUUGAAAAAAAAAUUAUUUGUUCUUAAAGGAUAAGUCCAUUUUCUUAAAAAAAAAAUACAGAUAAUUUACUCACCACCAUGUCAUCCAAAAUGUUGAUGUCUUUGUUCAGUCGAGAAGAAAUUAUGUUUUUUGAAGAAAACAUUGCAGGAUUUUAAUAGAGCCCAACACUUAAUACUUAACUCAACACUUAACAGUUUAACAGAGUUUCAAAGGACUAUAAACGAUCCCAAACAAGGCAUAAGGGUCUUGUCUGGCGAAACGAUGUUCAUUUUUGACAAGAAAAAUAAAAAAUAUGCACUUUUAAACCACAACUUCUCGUCUAGGUCCGGUCCUGUGAUGCGCCAGUGUGACCUCACAUAAAUGCGUAGUGACGUAGAGAGGUCACGUGUUACAUAGAUAUGAAACGCACAUUUGCAGACCAUUUUAAACAAUAAACUGACACAAAUACAUUAAUUAGUAUCAUUCGACAUACAACAAUGCAGAACGGUCCUCUUUCUCCACACUUGUAAACACUGGGGCGGAGUUUUGCGUUCGUCUUCUGUGACCUCUUCAUGUGAUGACGUAUAACGUGAGGUCACGCUGGCGCAUCACAGGACCGGACCUAGAAGAGAAGUUGUGGUUUAAAAGUGCAUAUUUUUUAUUUUUCUUGUCAAAAAUGACAAUCGUUUCGCUAGAUAAGACCCUUAUGCCUCGUUUGGGAUCGUUUAUAGUCCUUUGAAACUCCGUUGAAAAAAACUGUUAAGUGUUGAGUUAAGUAUUAAGUGUUGGGCUCUAUUAAAGUCCAUUAAAAUGAGAAAAAUCCUGCAAUGUUUUCCUCAAAAAACAUAAUUUCUUCUCGACUGAACAAAGAAAGACAUCUACAUUUUGGAUGACAUGGUGGGGAGUAAAUUAUCUGGAUUUUUUUAAGAAAAUGGACUAAUCCUUUAAUGCUACCAAUAAAUCUGUAAAAAGAAUGGAAAAUGUAUGUAUAUAGGGGGUUCUUUUUAUAAACUUCUUUGGUGCCAAUUUAUCCUCUUGACUUUUUAGUCGGUGGUCAGUGUUUUUGAAACUUGUAAAUUAUUUGAUGAUCAUCUACCUCUCACCAACUGUCUGUUAAAAAACACAGAUAAGUGAACCAAUGUAUAUGCAAUACGUUGGCAAUGACUGAGUUUACAAUCCAUGAACUUUAAUUAAAAGUUACCCAAUAAAGUUUUGCAUCAACUGUG